AUGUCGGCCAACGCUGCGUCCUCCAAGGACCACAAGGUCAAGGAACCCCAGCCCGGCCAGCCAAUGUAUGGAUGUGAGCAUGUCGGCCGUCUCUUUAACCAAGAUCAAGCGACGAUCAACAUGUCCAUACAACAUUACAAGACCAUUCUGCGAGCCAUCUUCGACAUCAACCCUAUCCUGUCACACACGGCCAAGGGCGUAGAUGGCCAGGUUGUGACAUCCAUUACCCCAACCUACCUUUGUCUGCAAUGCCCCUCGACUCUCACCGAUGAUGACCUUACAAAACACGGCAACAAAAAAUCACAUCGCUUCUAUGUUGAGUCGAGGAGCGGAGCGCUGUAUUGCCAAAUGUGUGAUGAUAUCGUUUGGGACCCUACCUUUGAGGAUUUGAGGUUAAAGAAGCUCGGCACAGGGUCGUUUUUCGGUAGCCGAAAGCGUAAACAUGAGGAACUCUUCGCCCCUGAUCCCGUAAAAGACGCUCCCCAGUAUAUAUCGACCAACACCACCCUUGCCACCUGCAAGGCCAACGGUCUCCGUGGCAUUUAUAAUGCCGGAGCAACUUGCUAUCAAAACGUUGUCCUCCAAUCAUUCCUCCACAAUCCAAUACUACGCAACUUCUACCUGAGUGAUGGGCAUCAGUCAGGCAGUUGCGACACACCCCAUUGCCUCAGUUGUGCCAUGGACGAUAUGUUCCAGGAAUUUUAUGCCAGCGAAACGACGAACGGUUAUACCGCCGCAAAUAUCUUGUCCGGAUUCUGGAUCAGCGAGAACAAGGCGUUUGAGAACUUGGUAGCCAACAAGGAGCAAGAUGCUCAUGAGUUUUUCCAGUUCAUGGCUGAGGAAUUACACGAGAGAAAUGGCGACGGCAAGAGACCGGAAAUUGGCAGUGAGCAUACCUGCAACUGCAUCAUCCACCAAACAUACUACGGAAAGUUACAGACGUCCACAACGUGCCAAAACUGUGGGGGCGUCACCAAUCAAGCCCAGAGCUUUUUGGAUCUCAGUGUUCCCUUGGAAAAUUUGACGCAAAAAAGGGGCAAAAAGAACUUGAGUAAUGGCGACGGGGUUGCAUCGACAAGAACGCAAAACAGCGUGACUCUCCAGGAAUGCUUGGACGAAGAAUACAUCAAAUCCGACAAGUGCGAGUAUCGGUGUCAGAACUGCAGUUCAGUACAGCAAGCAAGAAGACAGACCAGUAUCAAGAAAUUACCCAACGUUCUUUCCAUCCAGCUCAAGAGGUUCGAGUUCAAACAAGGGCGUAACGAUCGUGCCCAGAAGAUCGAGACACCUGUCCAGUUUCCUCUACAACUCAACAUGCUGCCUUAUACGACACGCGCACGAACACAGGAUCUCAAAGAUAACUACGAGCUACAGCGGUCCUGCACUUAUGAUCUUCUUUGCGUUGUUGUGCACGUUGGCGACAUGGAUACCGGACACUACAUUUCUUAUUGCCGGGUUGGCGACCAGUGGUUCGCAUUUAACGAUCACAAAGUUGAACUGGCCCAGAAGUCUGAUGUGCUGAACGCAAAGGCCUAUCUUCUCUUUUACAUUGUUCGGUCCCUGUCUUGA